AUGAAUAUAGACUUUGACCAGUUGACUCGAAAUCUAGCGGAUACGUCGCCUGUAUUCCACCAAACACCAUCAUUUGCAUCCAACACCAAUCAACGUGGCAGUCAAUCGCAUCAGUUUACAUUCAAUCCAGAUGAUUUUUCAAUCAAUGAUUAUGCGAUAAAUGAUUACUCACUAAAUGAAUCAUCGAUGCUUUUGCUGCUGCACCAACAACAGCACCUGCAGCAACAACUACAACUACAACAACCACAACAACUACAGCAACCACAACAACAACAAUUAUCCUCGUCAGCAUUUCCUCCUAGUGAACUCCUAGACUUUUUUCAAGAGCCAACAUCACAUGCUAUAAAAGGAGCUGUAUCAAGUACAGGACAAGCAAUUAAACCGCAACCACCAUAUUUACAGACUCCAAAGAUGACGUCAAGUCCAAUAAUGUCUCAUCCUAUGGGCGGCUCAAACUUUUCCAACUACAACACACCUGCAGUGCCGCAAUCUGCAACUUUUGCAAAUAAUUCAUCAAGUCAAGUAAAUUUAGCAAACCAUUUCACGCCUGUCACGCCAACCGGCUGGAAUACACAGACUGUCUCAUACAAUAUUUUGAACGAUACCAAUAAGAUGAUGUUGACUACGCCCAAAUCUGCCCAUACAUUCAAUCACUCAUCUCCACAGUUUACGCCUCCUUCACAAGCACAUUUUGCCUCUAUGUCUAACAUGAUGAUGGACUUUACCAGUCCCACCAUCGGACUUGGAGUGAGUAACACCAGUAAUACCGUCAGUAAUGGUUUCAAUGAUGAUCCAAUACCAUUUGUACCGGAAGACCCAAUUUCCGAGGUUGUGCCUGUCCUGCAACGAAACAGUGAUACUUUGUUGAAUAAUGACUCCUUACAAACACAAUCACAAUUACAAUCAUAUCAACUUUUACAACAACAACAACAGAAGCAGCAGCAGCAGCAGCAGCAAGUGCAGCAACUGGUUCAGCAACAGAAGUUUGAAAACUACAAAAAAGAAUUAUAUGAACAAAAGCGCUUGAAAUCACAAUCAGAACUGAAUUUACCUUUGCAAUACAACUUUGUCCAUCACGUGGAUGAGUCGCAGAUGCUUAUAGAUCAACCACAUUCUAUGAUAAUAUCUAAUUCUGGUGUAUCAACAGAAUCAUCAAAUAUUUCACUACCCUCGCAAUCUUCACAACCAAAACGUAAAUCGAUUGCAAAGCCUCUAAGUCAGUUGAAAAAGGCAAAAUCUACCUUGUCUUUGCGAAAACAUAGUCAGAAAGCAUCUGUUCCUGAAGAAGAAGUGCUCCACAAUCAGGAACUUUUAGUGCCGAGCUCCAAACAUGGUGACUCGCCCACAACGAUUGAAAUGCAAAGUCCUAGAUCAUCGUUUGAAGACGAUUUCUCAGCAUAUCAGACUCACGAGAAUAGCAUUACUGCUGAGGAGCUAUUGAAUUCUGACAUUUUUGAUCUGUACCCUGGCCUGAAUUCAAAUGUGUCGACAAGUUCCGUAAACUCAAAGAAACAAGAAGUAUUCUAUGAUGCAAAAGAAACUCAACUGGUGAAUAGUAGCCAACAGACAAUGGAACCAACGAGUAAAGUAAAUCCGGAAACCCCAGAAAAAUUGGGAACAAUAACAAACUCGGGAGUUGCAACAGGCAAAUCAUUGUCUUCGGUACCUGUUAGCGUUGCUCAUGCUACUACAGUUGUUCCAUCUACAAAUACAACUUCCAAAAGAAAAAAAUCAUAUACUUCUUCUUCUUCCUCCUCUUUGUCCUCCCAUGCUAACAUUUCCAAUACCCCAACAUUCAUUGUUAAUUCAAAGUUACAGUGGACAGAAAACCAAAAUGCAAAAAUCAAAUCUUCAUUAUCGCUGCAACUGAGAAAACUGUCGGGAAUCAGCACUGGUAAUUCAUCAUCUUCAUCUUCAGGUGCAACAGCACCGGGUGGGACUGGAGGAACAGGAGGAACUUCAGCAAAGUCGACAUCCUCAUCAUCAUCUUCAUCUGCCACGGCUGCACAUUUAGAAAUGAUAAAAAGGAUGCCUGUUUUUGCUUUGAGUAAUCAUUAUUCUUUUGUUUAUGAAAAUGUGGAAUCGAUUUAUCUGGAUGAAAAGGAAAAAGAAAAAAAAGUUGGAAAUGGCCAAGCACGUGGCCAAGUACGUGACCAAGUAAAAAGUGAUGACGGUGGCAAUUGCAAGAGCAAAAAUGAUACUUUUUUUGCAAAGAAAACAGGAGGAGGAAGAAAUGAGAGUGGUAGAGAACCGCUUUUUUUUGACGAAAGGAAGAAUAAGAAGGACAAGGAUCGAGUUGGAAAAGCUGAAAAAAGUUCUGGACCUUCAUAUAAUUUAAAAUCGAGCUUAGUUGAAUUUCAAGUUGAUUUAAAAAAAUGA